GAAUAAGGACAAGAAGAGUGGGACUGCGGAGGACCAGCAGCGCUGUGUGAUCUCAACGCCCCUCGACAACGAAUCCCUCGAUGAUGCAUGCAGGGUAAAUUUCUCUGGUUGUUUUGGCCGGUUUACUUCUCUGCAAGGACCAGUGAAUGAUGGGCUUCUUCCAUGAACGAGAGAAGGUGGAAAGGACGAAGGACAAUGAGAAGAAGAAGAAGAAGAAUUAUGAUUGCUCGGAGAGAAAGGAAGAAACAGGUUUAACAGAGGAAGUAGAUCUCAAGAGAUCUCAUGGAAAGCGACGGAGCUCAGACACCGUCAGAUCUGCCCAAAACCAUAAAGAAUUGGCAAGCUUGGCUGUAUCUCCAGACAUUCCAUGUCUGGUCCUCCACGUAGCCAUCUCAUUUCCUUGUAGAAGACAAUGGCGUCCUGCUGCUGCUCUCUUCCUCCCUUUCCUCGAAGCUCGAUUCCAAGCUCCCAUCAACCACUUCUUUCUUUUCCUUAGGGGAAUAGUUUUACUACGGGGGUACUCACCGAGACCGCUGCAGUAAUUUAGUACGCGGGAGGGUGGUCCGACCAUGGCGUGCCCGU